AUGGAUAUGAACGAAGGAACAACAACUGAAGAUUUGUGGACACCAUUUAAAGAAUUAGUGUCAGUUGUGGAAUGCUACCUUACAAAUGAAACUGGGGGUUCUCCCUAUGCGGUGCACACAUUUGAAUCAGUUCUGCGAAGACACAAGCAGACAUUUUUGUCACUAUUGAAAAAUCCAGCAAAAAAUCCAGCAAGCCGAGAGGAAAUUAAAAGAGGUGUAAUAGAUGGAGUUAACUUACCAAGUGUUGGCAGAACGCUAUUGUCUAAAGAGCUGGUUGAUGAAGCAAUUAUAAUAUCAGAUAUGUACAAUGCAAAUGAAUAUGCGUGUCUAGAGUUAUUGCAUACUGCACAAUGCCAGAGCCCCAGGCAGCCUGGCUUGGCCAGAGGUCUCCUAGCAGUCAUGUUAUAUUAUGAUGGACGCAGGGCACUAGUUCAGGCACUUCGAGAGUUGGUUAUGGCUAGAGAUGGAGUGUGUUGGUCUAUAAGUGCAAGAGAGGAGAUUAUACAAUAUGUCUCCCGAUAUGUAGAGCAACUGAUAUCUGAUGGGCUUCUUGGCAAUGUUUUGGAUGCUCUCCGAAUAAAUUCAAUAGAUAGUGAACUGGAUUUAUUGAGACGGAAUCGGGCUCUUCCCCCAAACCGAUAUCACAUCAAACUGUUAGCUUGUAUGCAGUCUACAAGAAAACUAUUAGCUGGAGUAAUUUUUGCAGCGUCAGCUCAACGAGGAUUGGAAAGAGAUGUCUUAUUAAGGCUGCUAUCAGAAGAAAUGUCAUCACCUUCGCGGAGUGCUACCGGCGCGUUGGACGAAAUAUCGUUGGCUUUGCAAAUGUCAUUGCUCUAUGCCUUGGAUCUUUCAGUUUUGCACAGACGUGAAGAUGGCGAAGAAUUAUCAAAGAAACUCCCCCUCAUCCAAGACCCAGACCUCAUAUCAGUAUUACUAGACGAGCUAACUCCGGUUUCUCAUCAAGAAGGCCAGAAGGGCUCUGGACUGCGAGCGCUGUGCCAGCUCGCCUUAGGCCUGGCGUUGAGUGCGCUGAAGAGGGCGCCAGUGUCUCUUUUGCGUAAAGGAAAUGAAUCAAGAUGCGAAGCUCUCGAUCAGGAUGAGGUGCUUGUGGAUGCUGCUAUAGAUGGUGAAGUAUUUGAAUAUCUAGACGAAAUGAUCCUGUCAACGGAUCUCGUAGCUUCAGAGGAGUAUUACCAGAGGCGGAUACACUCCCUCAUUACAGACUUUAUCGUGCUGAUGCAUUCUAAACUCAUGGAGAUGAGGGUCAAGGCAGAUGAAGCUGCCCGCGCAGCGCAAAUGUACGCAGCGGAAGGUUUAGCCCCGCCCCCUGCAGCGUCACACCGCACGCGCCUGGACGCGCUAUUGCGUUGCGUAGAACGCCUCUAUGCCAGAGAUCCGCACAACUUGCGACACGACUAUUGGCUGGCUUGCGAUGCGACUGCUAACUCUCACAGGGCUGGUGGACGUGCAGCUACACUAUACAAGUUUGUGCGUUUGUCCGGUGAGGUGAUGGUAGCAGCUUUGCUUCCGGCUUAUUUGAGAGCUCUGGCCGCCAUUACCGUUGAAAAGCACACAUGGGCGUUGCUCGCUAGACGAGAUGCCCUGUCUGCCCAUCAUUUGCUCACGGCGCUUGCGUUGUACCACAGGAAUCUACGUCAAGACCCAACGCCGUUUGCGGAACAUGCUCACGCGUCGUCACUAGGUGCGUCCGCUAUUAUAACGCCCGCUGCUCGAACGGGCAGGUUGCUUGUAAGGCAAGAAGAGGUUGAAGCAAUGAUCGGUGCGUUGAAGCUUAUAGCAGCCGUGGCAAAAGUGGAUGAGGCUGCAUGCAUCACUAUAUGCGAGAAUAUGCAGUGGAAUGCCGUUAAUUGCAUGUUUGGUCUGAUAUGUUGCCAUGUACCGAUCCAGUUAAAAGCGGCUCUGUGCACGACAUUAGCUGCGCUUGGAAGAUGGGCAUCCACUGCGCCUCGCGUUUGGGCUGCGCUAGAAGCAGCACAUUUAGUUUCGCCUACGAACGACAAGAGGGCGCUAACUGCUGAUUUACUAGAGGUUGAAUGUCGUAUGGAGUCAUACCCACUAUCCCGAGCAUUCUUAUCACUGCUCGACUCGCUAUGCGCUGCUGGGCCUUUGCCCCGUGCUCUGGGCGCUGGAGCCCGAAGACCGGGUCUCGAUCCGUAUAUAGACCAUGUGGUGAAUAAACUCGCUCUACCAGCCCCUCAUCGACCCUAUUCAGACCCACAGGAGAAAUGGCAGAUGAUAUCGCUGUGUUUCCGUUUGUUCGUCCGUUGGCUUGAUACGUACGAGCCCAGUGCGGCUGACUUCCCCCCACCACAUUCAGAACCUGAUUCAAAUCCCCCUCCUGGCUUUAGACUGCUCAUGUUCCUGCACACUAAUUCGGAACUACUCCGUAUGGUGCUUAAUACACUUGAUGAGGCUUACGAAUUGAUGAACAGGCAGCCUAUGCCGGAACAGGUGUACAUACAGGAAACGCUAGUUAGCACGCUACAAAUGCUAGAGAGGGCGUUGUCAUUAGAGAGAUCACUCACUGCGGCCGCAACUGAAGCAAACCGGGCCGUUAUGCUAGUUGGAUUGUCUAAACUACUAUUGGCUCCUUCUGGCAACGAAAAGAACGACAGACUGGUGACGUGCUGCCGCGUUCUACAGCACGGAUGCACUGUACCGGCUGCAGCUGCUCGUGCAGUCGCAUUGCUGUGCCGAGCCCUUCAAUCUCCGCACUGCGCCAAACAUUUGCUGGAAUGCGUUGCGCUAACACACCAACGAGCGCCGGAAGUUCGGCACGGUUUUGUGGAAUGCCUUGAAGCUGAAGAAUGGUGCGGGGGUGAGGCAGGAGCCACAGAUAUUCGUGCAGCAAAAGAAGGUAUUAUUGUACUGCUGUUGCAGCUGCUUCCUGCUGCACCGCACAACUUUGCACACUUUCUACUCGGGUACCAGCUGAAUGAUGAUGUAUCCCGCAAUGCGUACAUAGCUAAGAACGGUAAUAACGAACGGGAAGCAACAACGUUGAUAGAGAGCUGUUAUCGUUUGUUGUACUGGAUCGUAGCUCGUCCGGCUACUUCGCCACCAGCUUUAAGACUACUUCGGGCAAGGGAGUACUUCUUAGCACGACACGUGAAAGCUACUGUCAACCUAGAGACGGCAUCAAUGGCGACACUCUCGUCGCGUUCGUGGGUGCUCCGCGCGUGCGCAUGCGAGGCUGGCGCCGCGGGCAGUUCGGGACAACACGCUGCGCUCUCCGCUUUGCUCACUGCGCUGACGCACGCUUCGAACAAGGAAGAAUCGCGACCGUUGCCCCUACCACUAAGACAUGAUUGGGAGUCCUGCGUGAUUCGGACAUCGCUAGAAGCACUUCCUGUCAGCGUUACCGCAGUUUCAGAGCCUCACUGGGAGCUGUUCCACGCAAGCCAACUUAGACACGCCAUCACUGAGUGCGAUUUACCCACUGGUUUGGGCGGGAAACGCAUAAGUGUGACACGUGUCCAUGCACUGUUAUCUCGAGAGUUAGCUGCCCUUAGGGCUUCUGCACCCCAAAGGAAUCUAGUAGCUCUCGAAAUACAAAAGGUACUGGACUACGUAACUGAAAUAAAUAAACAGCGCAACUUAGCCGCGACACUCACCCACUACUACGAUUCGUGGCGUCAACUCACAGAGAUCAUCUUCUGUGUAGCGCCACAUGAUUUACUAAACCUUGAUACCAGAAAGACCUUACUGCUCAAUAUCCUUCAGGACCUCUUGAACAAAAUCCCCCCAGCGGAAGUGCUUCCUCAGAUCGGCAACCUAGCAUCUGGUACCAUCCUGCUUCUCUUAGUCAACUUACGCCAUUGCUACAUCUUGCAGAAGCGUGAAUCCAAUUUAAAAGCGUCAGACUUCGAGACUACCUUCUUCGGGCCAUCGAACCAGAUUAUGCAGACCAAAUCCUUGACCCUAAAAUUCAUCCUGCACAAGAUUCUUAGCUGGAUAUUAGUAUCUGGCGGGUCAACACAAAAAAUGAGAGUAAAUUUAUAUGGGGCACUACUGAACUUCCUGAAUAUCGUAAAUUUGAAGCCUAGCUCCGCUGAUCCGGAAGAAGAAAUAAAUUCGACUUAUGUGUCUCGAUUGGAUAGUACUAAGUCUCGACCGAGCAAAGAGGAGUCGAGUUUGAAGGCGAUGGUAGUGGAAGUGAUCAACAGCUUCGGCGAGAAUCUGUGUUCUAUCGUGUGCAGUGAUUGUGUUGGCGGUGGACAUGACGUGUGUCGUAUGGUGGCUUUGUCGUGCUUGGACACCCUUAUCGAGAUCAACCCUGGCACAGAUUGGAUGAACACGUUGACCAAUCAAGGCUACUUGAGGAGUCUCAUUGACAGCUUGCUACAGGACGACGAAGGACUUAAAGAGGCGUUGGAACCAAAUCCUAAAUCUCUACGAGUUCUCUACGUGUACGAGUCCAAGAUGGCGCUGCUCAUAAAGAUAGCUGGCAGCCGUUUUGGGGCGGAAACUGUGUUGGCUCAGGGCGCGCUGUCCUGUCUUGCCAAUAUCAAGGCCCUGGAUUGCCAUCCCGACAUACACACAGGGUACGGUGGCAAAGACACCGAGUUUGUACCGUCUGUUGCUAAUCGUUUCCGUCAAAUGCUGGUACCAGCUCUAGCGCUGUGCGACGCGCUGCUAACCACGCUAGGGUCACAGAACCACAGCUGCGUUCUGCACAUCACACACUUCCUUCUCAGCCACUUGGAGUGCGUGGAUAUGGUGCUCAGAGCAACACACCCAAGUUCUCCCCAAGGCCUACUUAUAGAAGCGUCUCACCUCACGUCAGUGAUAGCUCGUACGUCUGAUCGUGAGGUGUUUGCUGCUGUUCAAUCGGAUACGGCGCUGCAGCGCUCCGGUGCUGCACUACAGCGGCUGCACACGCUGAUGCUAACCAUGUUGGCUAGAUUCCACUCGCCACCCGCUGAUAUGGACGCCAGCGAAGACUGUUCAUUGUAUUAUAAGAUUGUAUGCAACCUGUUGCUAUUCGCUCGCAACACGAUCGAGAGCGACGCGUUCAGUAGUUCUGCGCAAGAGGGCGCUCGUCGCGCCGGCUCGGCUGCGCUGGAUCUGCUGCAGCAUCUCCUAAGGAGGCUGCAUUCACACAAUAAACUGCUGGCAACUGUACAUCAUCAGCUACAUAGCGUUCCUUCUAUGACAUUAGUAGAUAUGAAGAAAAUGCUCGGUGAUGAGACGACGACGUCAUCACCACUCGAAGCGCGCGCAGCGGUGGUGACACAGCUACGCGCCAGAGCCAACACCCGUCGCCUCGAAGUGCAGUAUUGCGCCCACGCACUCCACUCCGCUCUAUAUCUGCUCUGGGCCCACACUCGGAUAUACCUCAGAGCUGCCUUUGCAGCCCACCCCACUAAAUAUGCUGCAUUAUCGCGGACACAAGCGGUGGGCGCGCUAGCGGCCGAAGAAGCGUCGGAGAUACGCAAGUCCCUCGUGGCCGUCUUCAACGAUCGAUUCACCGACGAACUAAUUGAUACGACUAAGAACCAAUCUCAGAUACAAAGGGGUUUCCUAGAAGUACUCGUAAAGGACCUGAAGAGUAUGAUACAGUUUGCGCCAGUCUAG